AUGCAUUCAUCAAGCCAGCCAGCAGCCACCAAGCCCAAAUCCGGUCGGACGCGGUCCAGAACCGGGUGUCGGACCUGUCGCGCGCGCCGUAUCAAAUGCGACGAGGGCCCCGUAGCAUGCCGUAACUGCUCAUCGGCCGGCCGACAGUGCGACGGCUACGACGUCCACCGACUGCCGCCGAAACUCAAAUGGACCCCCCAAAAGACCCUGGCCGAUCCACACCUCCUGAGCCUGGCCGGCGGGCCCCGCCCGGCGCUGGACCGGCGGGACUGGACGAUGACCUCGGACGAGCGGCGGUGCGUGGCCUACUUCCAGCACCACACGGUGCCCACGCUGCUGGAGUUCUUCGACUCCACGCUGUGGCAGAAGCUGGUGCUGCAGCUGAGCCGGUCCGAGCCGCCGGUCUACCACGCGAUCGUGGCGCUGAGCGCCAUCCACGAGAACUCGGAGGCCAACGGCAUGCCGCUGGCCACGCCCAGCGACCUGGCGGCUGCGAACCCGUGGCACCAGUUCGCGCAGGACCAGCUGGCGCGCGCCAUCACCCUGCUCAACCGGCGCCGCCGCUCGCAGGACCCGCGCCUCCGCGAGGUCAUCCUGGUGUGCUGCCUGCUGUUCGUGCUGGCGGACCUGCUGCGCGGGCGGUACGACAGCGGGUUCGCACAUCUACGGAGUGGCCUACUCAUCCUACAGGAGCAGCAGCAGCAGCAGCACGGUGCGUUCGGGAAUCUGGCCUCGCGCCGGGGCCUGGUCGCGCAGUGCAUCGUCACCGCGUUCGCGCACCUGGACAUCCUGGCCUCGCACUACGACCGCGUCUUCCCGAUGCUGCUGCCGCCGCCGCCGCCGCUCCACCACGAUCCCGCAUCCUCGCCAACGCAACCCUUCCCAUCCCUCCCCGCCGCGCGCGCCGCCUUCGACCCCCUCCUCCGCACCUCCUACCGCUUCAGCGCCCCCUGCAUGGGCCUCACCCAACCGCAGGUCGCGGCAAAUUACGCCGCCCUGCAGCCCCAACAACACGCCGUCUGGAGCGAAGCCACCCGCUUCGCGCAGCGCUUCCGCCCCUUCUACGCCCACGCCUACCCCCUGUUGAGUCCCAAGGAACAGCGCGGCGCCGACAUCAUCAACCUCCACCUCGUCAGCCUGCGCGUCUGCCUGCACUCGUGCCUGCUGGGCAGCAACCGCGCCGCGCUGGCGCACUACCGCGCCGACCUGCAGAAAACCUGCGAGCUGGUGGAGGCCCUCAUGGCCUCGUUCCCGGACCACCGGCCGAGUUUCACGGUCGAGACCGGCGUCCUCCCGCCGCUGUAUCUGGCCGCGAUCCUGUGCGAUGAUUAUCGGGUCCGGUGGCGCGCGAUCGGGUUGAUGCGCAGCUGGCCGCAUCGCGAGGGCCCGUUUGAUUCGAAUUGGCUGGCGUCGCUGGCGGAGGAGGCGUUGUUGGUGGAUUUGGGGGGGAGGUGUGCGGUGGACCCGGGGUUUGGGGGGGUGCAAGAUCUGACGGCUGAUGAGCUUCUGUGCAAACUGCGGGGGAUUCGUCGCGAGAAGCUGGAGAUGUUGCUGCGCACGAAACGGCUGGAGAAGCCGCCGCCGGACGGUGUGGAGGUGGAAGCGGUGGCGUGGGAUCCGCUGGACGCGGUCGGCCCGGUCAAGGGGAUGGGGAGUUGGUCGUGCGUGAGGGCGUUUACUGCGGCUACG